AGAAAGGAGAGGGGGAGGGGAGUUGUUCCCAACUGCUGCUCCCUUCGGAAGGCGACUGAAAGUUGGGAAGGGACUUUGUAAAAAAAAAUCUUCCCGGGAUCACCCUGGAUGAGAGGGACGGCUGGUGCAGGGCAGAUGCUGUGUUGCUUUGGACUAACUGAUGGAAACUGAGUUGAUUACAGUGAAGGAAGAAAAUGGGUCGGUAACACUCCCAGCUUGUUGCCUGUGCCAGAGGGAACUACCGGAACUUACUGGAUCCCAGGAGCAGAUUCCACAAUGCCAGGCCUGCAAAAGGAUCGUCUUGGAGCACAGGAAUUGGUUGCCUGACAACCAAGAGGCCCAGGCCCUCCCUGCUGACAGACCUUACAGUUGCUCUUUCUGCCCCAAGUGCUUCAAGAGGGCCUCAGACCGGCGUGACCAUGAGCGGGUGCACACAGGAGAAAGGCCGUAUGGCUGCGGCAUCUGUGGGAAGCGCUUUACUCAGAGCUCAGUGCUUUCUGGCCACAUGCGCAUCCAUACUGGGGAACGACCUUUCCACUGUGGUGUCUGCUUUAAGUCUUUCAACAAUGGCUCCAAUUUUCGCAAGCACCAACGUAUCCAUAGCCAACCAUACAGAUACGGUGCCAAGGGGAAUGGUGGGAAGGACUGUAUCAUCCUUCCUGUGAAGAAGCAGAAUCAACCCAUGGAAGGACAAAAUGGCAGCAAGCGAUGGCAGGGCAAAAUACUGAGGCAAAAUGGUUGCCAAAGCAUUAAGGAACUGAGGGAAGGAGAGAAGAACAGGAGCUGUGACCUUGUUGGGAGACAAAAUGGUCCUUAUAUUAACAGGCUAAUAAGCCCAGAUGGCAGCAAUUAUAAUGUAAGGCAACCUGGUGAAAAUGUAGGCCAUUUCGAGAGGAUGAAAGUAAAGCAAGGUGCCACUAACUGUGGCCCUACCCUUGAAACAAAACAUGGAAGUGGCAGAUUUAAGACAGGUGACAGCAAAGGACGUGUUGGUGAACUGGGAGAAAAUGGGGAUAGCAACUAUGAUCAAGUGGCAACUCAAAAUGGUCACAGCUUCAGGCUUGUGAAAUAUGCUAGUGGGGAAAAUCAAGCUAAAGGUCUGAAGCCAAGGAAAUCAGGGGAAAGACAUGCUCAGGGAGAGUGGAAGCAACAUUUUGCCAGCCCCAGUGGCAGGUUAGACGGUGUCAGCUGUGGAAAAGGUCUCUUAUCAGUGGGUGGCAACAAGGACCAUAUUUACAAGCUGAGUCAAGACAGCGUUGUUGGGGGCUAUGACUUAGACCAGAGACCUAAUGGAGACUACCUCAAAGGGCUGAAGCAUAAUGGUGGAAAGGGCACCAUUGCAGACAUGAGGCGGAAUGGCGCAGCUUCUAUCAGUGGGCUGAGGCAAAGUCAGUAUGGCAACGCUACCAAGCUGAGCCAAAAUGUCAGCCAUGGAGGGCAUAUCAAUGGCAUGAGUGAAAAUAGCACUGGCCAUUUUGGAGAGCUGAGACAGGAUGGUGGCAUCAGUAAGGGGAAGCAGGUGAACUUUCAAGCAUGCACUCUUGGAAAGAUGAACUCUCUACUGCCUAACGUGUCUGUCCGGACUUGUCCUGAAAGCAGGGAUGUCAUGGCCUGGGAACAGCCUGAUACGGAGUUAACAAAAAGAAGGGAUGGAUUUGAUGAAUGCGCUCCUUUAGACAGGCAUUCAUCCCCUUGGGAACCAGGUAUCUCUGACCCAUGCUCUUUGCCUUACGACCUUUCGGUGUCCCCUCAGUCCCACUCGCUGCAAGUCCAGGUCAGCAGCACGGUUCAGCUUUGGGAAGAAGAGAGCCCUUACUUUCCUUUCCAAGAUCCUGAGCCUUAUGCUCAGCAUUCCCCAGCCACAUUCGAUUCCAAGCCCUUCCUGUGUUUUGCAUGCCCCAAGCAGUUCCGACGUGCUACGGAUUUGAAGGAACACCUGCGAGUACACACAGGUGAAAGGCCCUUUGGCUGCACUGUCUGUGGUAAGCGGUUCACGCAGAGCUCAGCCCUGGUGACUCACCGCAGGUUGCACACUGGGGAAAAGCCCUUUGAAUGCACCGUGUGCCGUCGGCGCUUCAAUAACUCUUCCAACUUUGCCAAGCAUCGCCGGCUUCAUUUGCAGGAGAGCAGGGGGGGUGGCAGUAAAGCAGUGGAGAAAACAUCACGGAAUGCCAAGCCACAGUGACCACAAUAGGGGGAAGUUCUUCCCUUUUGGAUGGUAUACGGUCUGUGGCAAUUGCAACACUGCAAUACCAGAUUUGGCAUUCACUCAGCACGUUUCCUCAUUUAAAAGUUUCUAGUCCUUAAGGCUACGAAGAAAGGCCUGAAAUAAAUUGCCAGUGCCUAGUGGAAGUGGGGUAGAGAAGCUGAGCAACCUUGUAGUGAUCAGUGCCUUGUAGAGCUGUGUGUCCCUUCCCAGGAUUAGCAGAAGAAAAAAAUACAUUAUAUAAAAUAAGCAAGGAUGUGCAAAUUUGCUUAGUUUGUUUAUACAAUUGGUAGAAUUUGGGGGGGGGGUGCAGGUAUUGAGCUAGGCUGGCACAGAAUUUUUCUUUUCACAAAAGAAAUUUCCCGUGUACAAUCAAUGUCUCCUUCCAAU